AAUGGCUAUUAUUAUGGAACGCACCAGUUUCGGACAUUAUUUUUGGUCUCAAAUGGAUCAUCGUGUGUUCCUAUCGCUGGUCUUUGUGCUCAGCGGCACUUUUAAUGUUUUGGUGGUGAAGUGGGCUAACCAACAGCAGGUGAUUGGUAGCGAUGGCAAGCUACAUGGCUUCCAGCAUCCUGUGGUCUUCACCAUGCUCAUGUUUCUGGGAGAAUUCCUUUGUUUUAUUGCCUUCAAAGUGGGCCGUUUGGUGACCAAUCGCCGUGGGCCUGGCGUGGAGAUGGACAGUAUCUUGACCCAAAAUAGCGGCGAAUUCCAUCCACUGAGCAUGCUUCUGCCAACUCUGCUGGAUGCGAUGGCUUCCAUAUUGCUGUUCACCGGCUUGUACUUGACUUACGCCACCAGCUUCCAGAUGAUAAGAGGCGCCGCCCUCAUCUUUGUGGGCAUCUUCAGCACCAUGUACUUGAAUAAUACGCUGAGCACACGCCACUGGCUGGCCAUUUUCACCAUGUCAUGCGGCAUCCUGGACAUCAUCUCCUUGGAUGUGCAACGGGUGGACUACGAUCGGUAUACGCUGCCGCAUACGGACCAUAAAUCGAUUUUGGCUGGCGAUAUGCUCAUCAUUAUAGCCGAGAUCCUGCACGGCUUGCAGUAUGUCUAUGAGGAGAAACAGCUGAAGAUCUCGAAUGCGGCUCCUCUGCAGGCCGCUGGCUGGCAGGGUAUCUUUGGCAUGGCCAUCACUGCGAUACUAGCCAUCUGCAUGCACUUUCUGCCCAGUGUGAUGCCGUUCAACGAGAGCUCGCGCGCUGUAUUUGACGAUUGGAGCGAUCUGUGGGCGGGACUGCAGGACAAUGCACCCUUAAUCCUGGCCCUGAUUGGAUUUACCCUGUCCUGCGCCGUCUACAACUUCAUUGGACUGUUCAUUGUGAUGUACUCGUCGAGCGCUAACCGACUCGUGGCCGACGGUCUGCGCGUCUAUUUCAUCUUUGUGUUUGUGAUUGUCAUGGAAUGGGAAUUCUUAAACCUGAUCACGAUCAUGGGCUUCAUUAUUAUGCAAAUGGGAAUUAUCAUGUACCGCCAGGCCAUAUUCGUGGAUAUGUAUCGUGCGGCUCUGGCCCGCUGGCAGCGCAGUCGCUACGUGGAUCUGAGUGCCGAUGCAGCGGCCGCACCCAACAGCCGGCCAGCCGAUGUCAUCUAAGGAAGGACCAGAAAGGAGGGACAGUCGAAUGUGAUAUGAGAGGUUGGGGCCAUUGGAGAGCCCAGGGCUGAUUCAUCAAAAUUACUUAUCAAUGUAAACGUUUAAAACGUAGAUUAUAAAUUACACAAAAUACACAUACAAUUUAUUCAUACACUGACUACACUAA